GGAGCCCUGAAAGCCAGCAGAUAUACGUUUUUAACUUGACGUCACUCACCAAGACUGAAAACGUCUUGUCAGCUUCGGUGUAUUAUUAUAUUGGUGAUGUACUGCAUGCUGAGUGCAACUGUUCCCAAUCCAGAGGCUGUUCUCAUCACAGGCACAGGAAACCUGAAAUUCAGAUAUCUCUUUCGGUUUUGACCUUUUCUUCUGUUGGGAACCAGACUCGGAGCCUGGGACGUUUCCUAAUAAAUGUCUCCGCUGCUUACCAGGAUGUCCUUUCCUGGCAGUGGAAGGAUAUCACUCAGCUCCUGCAUGAAGCAAAACAAAACAAUGAACUCCUGAUCAGUGUCAAAAUGGAUCUGACCAGCCAUCGCCCCUGGAAAAGGGCACCUUCUCACUACGAACCCUACAUUCUGAUUUACGCCAAUGAUUCAGCUAUUUCAGAGCCAGAGAGUGUUGUCUCUAGUUUGCAAGGGCACCAUCAUCCUCUGGCAAGGGUAUUUUCCAGGCCAGAAAACCACAUGAGGAGCAGCCUCAGGCAGCGGCGGCGAAAACGCUCCGCAAACAUCAUGUUGCCAUUGCAGAAUAACGAGCUUCCAGGAGCUGAAUACCAGUACAAUGAGGAUGAGAGAUGGGAAGAUGGAAAACCCUACAAAACCUUCCAGCCACGGUUAGCAGAGAAGGCAAAGAGUAAGAAAAAGCAGAGGAAGAAUCAUCACCAGAAGAGCCAGACUCUCCAGUUCGAUGAACAAACACUGAAGAAGGCGAGGAGGAAGCAGUGGAAUGAGCCAAGGUAUUGUGCUCGGCGCUAUCUCAAGGUGGAUUUCGCAGACAUUGGCUGGAGCGAGUGGAUUAUUUCCCCUAAAUCCUUCGACGCCUAUUACUGCUCAGGGGAAUGCCAAUUCCCAAUUCCAAAG